AUGUCAAGCAGUUGUUUAAAAUGCUUCGCUGAGAAUUGCCCAAAUUUUCCUGAAUUUCUCUGCAAAUGUGAAGGCCAAACUACACUUAUAUGUGACGAUCAUGUUAGAAAUCACUGCCUAACUGAUUCAUCUCACCAACUGUCAGCAAUUCCUACAAAAAUGAAAUCUGAAGAAUUAAGAAAAUCAUUGAGUGAUAAAAUCAAUGAAACCAAAACAAGGAAGCACGAACUGACAGAAAUUGUUUUUUCUUAUAUUAGGCAGUUAAUUGAAAAAGCCAAUGAAAUUACAGAAAAGUGCAAUAAUCUUGAAGCAAACUACAAUAAUUUAUAUAAUAGAGAAAUUCAAAGUGAAGAAAUUGCUGUUUCACCUAUUUCAAUUAUUAAUCAAAUUGAAAUAGAUAUGAAAGAGCAAUCAAAUGACUUAGAAAAUACUAUUUCUAAUUUUACCUCAAAUUUAAAGUUUGAAGCUAAAAAUGACAUUAAAGCUAGACUAGAAAACCAGGAAAAAGAAUUUCAAAAUGGCUUAAAUAAACUGUAUUCAGCAUGUAAUGAAACCUUGCAGAGGCUUUUUAUUGAGGAUAACACAGUAAUUGCGGACCAAAAUCCUUUUUCUGUAAUUGAGAGUAAAAUAAACCUACUCUAUAAUAGGUUUGUAAUUAUCCAAAAUUUCAAUGAAGAAUUAAAAAUAAAAACUCACUCCCCUUCUUGAUUAUUGAUCGAGCUAUCAUCACGUUUGGUCAAGGAUUUGGGGUUAAUUAAUUUUUUUAAAAAAAAUAUAUAGAUCUGGAUGCAUUAUAAAUCGCCCUCGGCUAUCACUUAAAUUUCUAAAUUUGGAGUUGUUUUUAUCCCAAAAGUUGCCAAACUACUCCAUGAGUUGACGAAUAUUAUAAGCGCACUUGCCAAUUCCACUUAUUGAAGCUUCAAAUGAUAAUCUAUGACGGCCUAUAGCGCGUUCUGAGCUAUGUAGUAUAUAAUAUGCAGAAUUGUUGAAGCGUAGGAUGGCUUAUUUUCUAAUUCCCCCUCCAUGAGCGAACAAAAAAUUUUGUUCACUCACUGUGGAUUUUUUUUUCGAAAUUUAAAAAAAAUUCAUAUCCGAAAUAGUUUUAAAGCAAAUAUUAAUUUAAUUUGUAAAAUAUAUAUGUUUUAAAAUUCAAGUUGUUUAAAAUAAAAAACAGAAUUAGCUAGAGAUUUUAUUAUAAUAAUUAUCACUUAUGUAUCAAAAAUUUGUUUUGCUCAUGGAGUGGGUUUUUUGGGCAAAAAAUAGAAUUAACCUAUGAUUUUGUUCAAUCACAGAUGGGGAGUAAGAUUACUAUUAUCAAAACAGGUUUGAUUUUAAGUGUACUAUGGAUUGAAAUUCAUACUUGGCCAUACGAAAGCUGUUAAAUUAUUGAUAGGAAAAAAUUUACUCAAUUUUAGUUAAUUUUCAAUGGAAUCGUUUGACCAAAGAUGGGGAGACUCAGAACUUGAUCGAGAAAAUGUCUCAUUAAAAGUCAAAAUAGAAAGCUCAGAGAAUAAUUCUGAAUGCAAAACUGCUGAAAGUCCUAAAAAAAGACAAAAAUCUUCUGAAACUAGAGUUCCAAAUAGCAGCAUAGCAGAAUCUGAUACCAUAAUUUCUUUUACAGAAAAUUCAAAAAUUUUAAAUAAGUUUAAUAUUCAGACAAAAGCUAAAGAACAAGUUGUUUUAGAUAUCCCAGAAAACAUGACAAAAUAUACAGCAUGCUGUCAACUGCCUGAUGGUAAAAUAUUUUGCUAUGGGAAUUACCUAGAAGAUAGAAGCUAUUCUGGAAUAGCUUUUAUUGUAGAUAAAAAUCAUCAGAUAGAAUUGCUUCCAGAAUUUAUGCAAUGUGCUUAUUCGAGCUGUGCUUAUUUUGAAGGAAGGGUAUUUAUUUUUGGAGGGAAAAAUUGAGAGGGAGAUUUAGCAAUUGCUGCAAAAUAUUCGAUUGCAGAAAAAACAUGAUUCGGAUUGAUGAAUCUUCCAGUAGCUUCUCAUGGAUGCUCAGUUGUGUAUUAUAAUAAGGAUUUUUAUAUUUCUGGGAUUAAUCAUGAUACACUAUUCCUUUUUAGAUAAAUGGCUUAGAAUUAUGCGUAAAAUGCUUCAUUUUUCUAAAUUUAAUAAAAAUCGAACCUAUUUUUAAGCUUUUUUAAUUCUAAUUAUAGGCGUAUAUGCUUAUAAUAUAGAAGGUAACAAUUAUACUCGAAGAGAUAUAAGAUUCAAAGUUGGAGUCCCUCGAAUAAUAAUGUGCUUAAAAUAUAUAAUUUUUAUUUGUGACUCUGAAGAAAAUUAUUUCCAGUCUAAUGUGGGAAAAGAUUGGAUGCAAGGGAAAGUGGCAGGAUUUCCAAAUAUAAUUCCAUCAUCAUAUAAAACUAGAAACGAAGCUACAAUGCUGUUUUGCUGUGAGAACCGCUAUUAUAUUUUUAACUCCAAAGCAAAGGAAAAAAUCAAGUGUAUAGCGUCACAAUAA